AUGCUGUUGUUCUUGCACCCUUCUAACAAGCCCAACAGUGGACUUGAUAUUGAUAGAUUGAUUUCAGCAGAGAUUCCUAACAAGGAAACCCAUCCUUCUCUCUUUCUUACUGUCACAAGUUACAUGAUGCAUGGUCCCUGUGGUGCUAACAAUUACAAGUCACCUUGCAUGAAGGAGGGAAAGUGUACAAAGAAAUUUCCAAAGGGUUUUUGUUCUCGUACGAUUAUUGAUGAUGACAGAUUCCCUCAUUAUAAGAGAAGAGAUAAUGGGAGGGUUGCGAAGAAAAAUGGUGUUGAACUUGAUAAUCGUUUUGUUGUGCCUUAUAAUGCAAAACUCCUUUUAAAGUACCAGGCUCAUAUUAAUGUGGAAUAUACCUGUCAGACCAGUGCUAUUAAAUAUCUUUUUAAAUACAUUUAUAAAGGAAAUGAUAGAGUUACUGCUGCUAUACAUCAUUCAGAUGAUGAAAUUAAAAUGUUUUAUGAUUUCAAGAAUGGCAUCCUAGAAAAAAAAGGAUUCUCAAUUGGAAGAAUAAAUCGUUUUUCUGCAAAUAGUGGAGAAGAUUCCUAUCUUCGAGUGCUUCUUAAUUUUAAAAAGGGUUGCACAAGUUACGAGGACCUGAGAACUAUCAAUGGGGUGAUGUUUCCAACAUUUAAAAAUGCUUGCUAUUCUCUUGGACUUUUGGAUGAUGACAAUGAAUACAUUGAUGCAAUUAAGGAGGCAAGUUCUUGGCAGUCAGCUUCUUAUCUUAGACGUCUUUUUGCUCUGUUGUUGUUCGGUAACUCAAUGAAUAGACCUGAAAAUGUUUGGGGGAAGUGUUGGCAAUUUCACUUUGACGAUGUUCUUUAUCGACAUAGAACAACAGUAGGACAUCCAGAUGCAAAUCUUACUGAAGAACAAAUAAAAAACACAACACUUGCUGAAAUUGAUAAAGUGCUACAGAGUAAUGGAAAAUGCCUUUUUGAUUACCCUUCAAUGCCUUGCAUCACUGGUGCAUCUUUGCUUGAUAUGCACAAUCUCUUAGUGCUUGAUGAAUUACUGUAUGACAGAUUGUUUUUGGUUGAAGAACAUAAAAGACUAAUGAGUUCCCUUACAGAUGAGCAAAAAGUUGUCUAUGACAAGAUAAUUUCAGCAGUUUCAGUGGGAAAAACAUUUAUUUGGAAUGCAUCCAUUAGAUCAAAAGGCGAAAUUAUACUUAAUGUUGCUUCUAGCGGGAUUGCAUCACUUUUGCUUCCUGGAGGCCGGACAACACACUCUAGAUUUCGUAUUCCAAUUCAGAUCACUGAGGCUUCAACCUGUAAUAUACGGAAGGAUUCUAAUAUUGCCGAAUUGCUGGCGAAAACAAAGCUAAUCAUCUGGGAUGAAGCUCCAAUGGUACACGGAUUUUUCUUUAAGGCUCUAGACAAAACACUUAGAGAUGUUCUUAGAUUUUCUGAUUCAACUUGUGUUGAUAAAUCAUUUGGUGGGAAAGUUGUUGUUCUUGGGGGUGACUUCAGGCAAAUCUUACCUGUUGCUCCUCAUGGAAGCAGACUAGAUAUAGUCCAUGCAACCAUUAAUUCUUCUUGUCUUUGGUCUCAUUGUCAUUUAUUAACUUUGACCAAGAACAUGCGGCUUAGUUCUGGAAGUGACAUUCACAAUUUAAUGGAAAUAAAGGAAUUUUCUGAUUGGCUUCUUAAAGUCAGGGAUGGUGUUCUUGGAGAUGAUGUGGAUGGAGAAUCUAUUAUAACAAUUCCAGAUGAAUUAUUGAUUAAAAAAUCACUGAAUCCACUUUCAGAUUUGAUGGAUUUUGUGUACCCUGAUAUCUUGGAUCAUAUUUUAGAACCCACAUUCUUUAAAAAACGUGCCAUUCUGACUCCAAAAUUGGCAUAUGUUUCUAUUUUAAAUGAGAACUUAAUGUCUUUGAUUCCAGGUGACGAAAGAAUAUAUUUAAGUUCAGAUAAUAUUUUGAAGCAAGACGGUAAUUCUUCCCUUGAGGAUGAUGAUUCUCACCUGAGAUCUUAA